GGGGGGAGACUGGCUGAGAGCAUCCCUGAUCACCGCACCCUUCACUCAGGGCUGCUGCUGCCGCUGCUCUGCUCCACUUUCUCCGUGAGCUCGGUUCAGGCUUAUUAUCACAGGAGCGGCUGGUCUGUGGAAGGAGCGAGAAGGUUUGUGUAGUCAGUCUGCAGACAUGGGCUGGAGCUGCUCUGCUGGGAAUCCGCCGCUGCUCUAGCCAUAACCGCUCCUACACGACAUCAUGGCCAAGCAGUACGAUGUUCUGUUCAGACUGCUGCUGCUCGGAGACUCCGGCGUGGGGAAGACCUGCCUGUUAUGCAGAUUUACCGACAACGAGUUCCAUCCUUCUCACAUAUCCACCAUCGGGGUGGAUUUUAAAAUGAAGACGCUAGAGAUAGAUGGCAUCAAAGUAAGAAUACAGAUAUGGGACACAGCAGGCCAGGAGAGAUAUCAGACCAUCUCUAAGCAGUACUACAGACGAGCACAGGGAAUCUUUCUGGUGUAUGACAUCACGAGUGAGCGCUCCUUUCAGCACAUCAUGAAAUGGGCCAGUGAUGUAGAUGAGUAUGCUCCUGACAAAGUGCAGAGAAUUCUCGUUGGGAACAAGUCUGAUGAGGAACAGAAAAGACAAGUGGCCACAGCACAGGGAGACAAGCUUGCUAAAGCUUAUGGAAUGGACUUUUAUGAGACAAGUGCCUUUACCAAUCAUAACAUUACAGAGUCUUUUACCCGACUGGCUGAGCUGGUCUUGCAGGCCAAUAAAAAGGACCUUGAUCUCCUGCGGGUUUCCAUCAAUGACAAGCUCAGUCUUGGAGCCCUUGAAGAGGAUGAGGGAGUGUGUGACAGCAGUGAUGCCCAAAAGGCCUGCUGGUGCUGAGGAUUGGACUGGAGGUCGCUGCAACAUGUUUUAUUUUCAGACUGACCUUGUGUUACUGUUGGACUUUUUUUCCAGUGCCACCAUUGCUAAUUUUAUUGUUUGGUGCCUUCCAGUUGAUCACAUAUUGAAUGAAGACAAAAAUCACAUGCCUCUGAAGCCGUGGUUCAAUUUUAAAAGAAGUUUUAAACCGAUUUUCUUUAAACGACUGUUGGAUAGAUUGCCAAUAUGGUAAAUGAAAGUGUCCCAAGCCUGAUUAGAUUUUUGUGUGUUUAGUCCAGUUUAUCAAUAGGUCUUUUGAAAUACAAGGUUUUAAAGGAGUCAAUAUAUUAAUAAUGCUACAUACAACAAGAAAUCUACUGUAAUACAACUGUGCAUUAAAUUGAGGUUACAUCAAGGUAAAGCUAAAAUCAGUGCUAUUACAUGACAUUACCAACUACUUAAAUUGUAAGCUACUACUGCCACUUAUGUACUAGGCUUGACAAAGCUUGUUUGAUAUGAAUUAAGUGCACAGGUGUGUUAGUUUGCACAAAUCAUAUAUGUAGCAAUAUUUAUAUUUAUAGAAAAUCACAAAAUGGAAAUAUCAACAAAAAAAAUCAAACUUGCACAAUUUUACAAAUACCCCAGCUGUAGCUGAUCAGCAAGUACAUCAUGAUUAAUAUCAAGAUUUAGCUUCUUUAGUAUGUUGAUGAAGAUACCAGCAAACACUGGAAGACAGUAGUCACCCACACACUUCUCUCAACCUGCUUAGAUUUCAACAAGGUCAUUAUUAAAAUCAGAACUUCAAUAGCUGCAUUCCAAGGCCUAGGCUGCAGUCACACAUUUGGAACAGUCUAACAAGGCUUUUUGUGACAAAAAGGUCCUUAUUCUUGCAAUUGUGUUGUGAAACAAACUGUUCUGGAGGCUUUGUUUUCUUCCAUUUUCACACAAUUUUUGUGGUGCAGUUUUUUUUUUCACCCUGUACAUGCACAGAGAAUUGUGGCCAAUUGAGGGCAUUUAAGAAUACUGUAAUUUUGCACUAUAAGGUGCACUUAAAAUGCUUUAAUUUUCCCAAAAAUCAUCAGUGCACCUUAUAAUCUUGUGCACCUUAUGCAUGAAUUUUAUCAGUCAGGUUGUAAGGAGCAGUAAAGCCACUUCGCUAAAGUACAGAGUUAUACAGGAGUUUCGGUUUAGUUCUCCAGCACCGAGGCUAGAGCAGUAUUAGCAUUAGCCGCUAAGCUCCAGCUCUUUCGCCUUUCAGAGGUGAGUAUUAUCGGACUGUAGCCUGCUGCUAACCCCGACUAUCACUGCUGGAGCAUCAUUAGCAUUAGCCGAAUCAAACUUCCAGCUAAUAUCACCCUGGCUUACAGAAUACUAAAGGUCCUCAAUGCAGCGCUGUCGGGUGGCAUUUCCUAGUGCUAACCAUGGCUAGCACUGGCGGUUGGCCGCUAAUGCUAAUGAUGCUGCACCCACCUUAGUGGAAAUCUGGAAAUCUUAAGCUUACUGUAAAAUUGGAAGCGCUUUACUCACCCAAGUAAACAGUUUUCAGGAGAGAAAUCUGUGUAGAUCAACAUCCAGUAGUCGUUUGACUUUAUUUUUUUUUUUUUAAAGAAUUACAAUUUUGUUUACUUGACUUUUUUUAAUUACCCCCCCCAAGUGUCAUGACACCAUUUUGAAAAUCUGUGCAACCUUAAUUAAGGCUUUGUUGAAGUUUGAACAGAUUAAGAGAAGUGUGUUUGCCAGCACUUACAGAAAGCAUUUUGAGUGACUUGACCUUGUAGCUUCAGGGCUGAACUGAAGAAGCAAAUAUUGUACAUUAAAUAGAUUUCAUAUAAACAACCUUGUAAUUCAAAGGACAGAAAUCUGGAGAAAACCUGCUUAAACAUCAACAUGUGUAACAGAUCUACCAUCCUAAUGUUUCACCAUAUUUUUUUACCAUAUACAGAAACGGCUCAGUCACGCCGCCACGUCUUCAGAGGUCUAUUAGACUCACAUUAAUGUAAUCAAUUGUAAGAGCUUCUGUGUGCACCUGUCGCCUUUUCCGCUAGAUGGCACUGUCUGCGCUCAGUCUGGCUUGCAAAGAAGCUUCUGUUAUGCACACUACCAUGAUUAUGAUCAACAUAUCUUAAUAUUGUUUAUUCUUAAACAAUUUUCUGCAGCAGGGCUCUCAGUAGGGCUCUCAGCAGGGCUCUCAGCAGGGCUCUCAGUGGGGCCACAGUCCCUCUUUUUACAUCCAUUCAAACUUGUAUUGUUUAUAGACAAAUAUUUAGAAAUCUAUUGAUUAAAUUAUUAGAAGUUGUGUGGUGAAAUUGGCUGUGGAAGUGGAUCUUUCAUGGUGGUUUUUACAUCCCUGAUUCUGAUGCAUGAUCUUGUUUGAAGACUCCAUUGCUGCAGCAUUCCCUUUGAGAGGCCGCAACACAAAAAGCAGUCAAUAAACAGAAAACCCUGAGCUACAGAUUUACCAGAACUUUGACUGAGUUUGACUGUAAUCAACAUAUGAUCCAUGUUUCCUCUGUAGGCUACCCCCUGCCAAGUUCCUCUCAAGCUGCAGUGUGUUUGAAACGAACUGUUACAAUCUGGGAAGACUACACUGUUAUUGUUAUUGUUAUUGUUUUGGAAAUGUUGGGUUUUAACACACUGAAUGAUACUGAGCCCCUUUUUACACUGAAUGAGAAUUCCCCCUGUGAGAGCAACGUGCACUACCACUGAAUUACUUUGAUGCAUCUCUUGAGACUGACUUGAUGUAAAGUAUGCUCUUCUAAUAUGUAAAGUAUGUGUGCAAGUGAUAUUAUGGUAUGUUGUGUUGAAUGAAUUAUUAUACAGUAUAAUGUCAAUAUGUAUGUCUGUGCAUAUUUGUUUUGAACAUAUAUAAACAGGAAAAAUU